CGCGUUAUUUCAUUUAUAUUUGAUUUUUAUUUCAUUAACGAAUACUUUUUAUGAUAGAAAAUCGCAGGAGCGGCUAUCAAAAAGCCAGCCGAUAGCGCGAAGGAAGUCUCAAGGAUAAUACAGUAUCAACAAUCCUGCUUUUCUGCGCUGCUGGAAAUAUUGCUUGAGAGUUACGUUUMGUAGACUCUCGAACAAACCAACAAAGUCUUACAAUAAAUUAGUACCCAAUAGGUAAGGGAAAAGACACAACCGAGCUUGACAAUGAAGAGCACAGUGCUCUACAGCAAUCGGAAGAGAUUGUUGAUACUAUGUCAGUUCUGUACGACCUGUGUWAGGGAGAGAAGGUGGCAGCAGUACCAAAGAAAGCCUCUCUCAGCCUGUUCGCGUGAGCGCCAACUUCGGAUGUGAAUAUCGAAGACUCGAGUUCAAAUGGACAUCAUUCUUCAUAUCACAAAAUCUAACGACGAUUUUUUCCUUGUKGUUUCAUUCAAUCCAACGUUUGAUUUGGAAUUUGCAGCAUAAGGAGAGAAAACAAAACUUGAAAUCAUGAGUGUUGAAAUGGAAACUUGCCCGGCCUCUGCGCCUUUCUUCGGGUUUAUGGGAGUCACUUCGGCCCUUGUUUUCGCCAACAUCGGUGCUGCUUACGGAACUGCCAAGUCUGGUGUUGGUAUUUCAUCGAUGGGUGUCAUGAACCCUGGUUUGGUGAUGCGAAAUAUUAUUCCUGUUGUCAUGGCGGGAGUUUUGGGUAUCUAUGGUUUGAUUGUUGCCGUUAUCAUCCAGGGAUCCAUCGUUGCCCCUCAAAACGGUCUUUCCCAAUAUUCUCUAUACACUGGAUUUGCACACUUGGCUGCAGGACUUUGCUGUGGUUUGUCCGGUCUUGCCGCCGGUAUGGCCAUCGGAAUUGUUGGGGAUGCCGGUGUACGAGCAGUUGGUCAGCAAGAAAAACUUUUCGUCGGUAUGAUUCUUAUCUUGAUUUUCGCCGAAGCUCUUGGUCUGUACGGUCUUAUUGUCGCCCUUAUCUUGUCGCAGAAUUCUUUYGUAUGCGAAGGAAAUAACUAAGCGCAGUAACAAGAAAUCCCAGGUGAUGCAACGGUAGUAUCAUACGAUUCAAGUACGAAGAAUCUAGCUUGCGCAGCGAACUGUAACCAUAGAAAAACUUUUUAAACUCCAUAACU